GCCAAUUACUUCCAAAGAUAACAAAAGUCGUAAGAAUUAGAUGCGGCGAGGUACUCAGUCCCAGUGAAAUUAAAAUGAUUAAAGAUGCGGCGAAGGCAGGAGAAAUUUCACCAUCUGUGAUGAAGAUAAUUAUGAAGAAAAACAAUGAAUUUAAUUUCGAUGUGAAGAAGGAAUCACCCAUAAAAAAGAUUUUCAAAAAGAAAAAGGAUAAAAGAGUAAUCAUCGACAAGACAGAUAUAAUGGCUUACGUUAAAGGUGCUGACACGGACGCACAAGUUAUAAGGAGAGUGCGAACAGCAAUAAUGCAAGGCGACAUAUCACCGUCAGUCAUGAAAUUGUUAUUAAACAAAGAUAAUGCUGGUAUUAUAUUUUCGGAUGAAAUUGUACGUGCAAUAUUUCCACACACAAAGGGAAAAAUUCAACCUUGUCGAAAUACUUGUCAAAACGUUACGAGAUCUAAAAGCUUAAAGAUCACAGAAGCAUCCAUGAUGCCCUCACUGAAACAAACGUUAAGCGAGCGUCGUACGAACUGUGCUAACUACAACUUUUGUCCGGAACGCAAGACCAGAAGAAAAAUUCCAGUUUUUCCCGGUGCACCUACAGUAAAUACACGAAAUAUUAUGUUUGAUGGCAUGCCUAAGUACACAACGCAGGCGGUGUUCACUGUCCAACAAACAGAAAACAUGCUAACACCAAGAUACGGAAUAACUUACCCAGGCAAAUCAUCCGCACCUUGUAAAUGUGGAAGUGAAACUUGUAGAAAAGAAUGGCUUAAUAUGAAAUUGUCGAAUAUGAAACUGACAGAAAGUGAAGCGAGAUUAAUAGCUUGUGUAUGUGGCACUAAGAUGAGUGAUUAUGAGUCUAAAAAAAUUCUUAAUUCAAUAGAAAAAGCUAAGAAAGCACAAAUAAUGCGAAAAGAACAACAACGGUUUAAAGAAGACCAGAAAAAUAUACAAAAGAAGAUAAACAAAUUGAAGAAAAAGCAACAAAUUGUAGAAUUAAACUACCGGAUUAAGAAGAGAAAAAUGGAAGAGAAAAGAAAGAGGAAUUUAAAAAAGAGAUGUAAUAAAUUAGAUGCUCCUUAUCAGAAACACAGGAAAGAAAUGGAUAGACGCGCUUGGAAACAAGUUAGAGAAAGGAAGGAUUUAUCACGCUGUGCGCUGGCAGCUGAAUCAGCAUUAGACGCGGGUACCUUCAGCGUGCGAGCUAUUUUGAAAUUCAUAAGAUUGACGUGUACAGCACUCAGGCAUCCUAAAGACAGCUAUCAUGAUUUAAAAACAGCCUUAAAGGACCCAUGUUGCUCAGUGCGAAAGUUAAGGCAGUUUUAUGACGAUGAAGGUAUUUACGAGCCAGCUGCAAGAAUCAAACAUAGAGUGGGUUUCGUUACAGAAAAACUUACAAAAAAAAUGGAAUCGUUCAAGAAAAAGAGAAGGAGACCAGUUAAUUUUGGAUGUAACCUUUAUAUGGCAUCUCGAAAUAAAACGCCAUGUUUAUGGGUAUUUUACGCUUGCCCAUGGUUUUACCCUCAGUGUAUCAGUUUGCUUUCAGGUCUUAGACAUUUUUCUCGAAUGUUAAUGUUAAUGCUAGCGUUUAUUGUAUGGAGUCCGUGUUUAUUCUGUUUUUGUCCUACCUGUUUGAAAGUACGAUGA